UCGUUACCGUGGUUUCCUUGCCAUUUGUUUACAAAUGAAUUGGAGUAGAAAGUGCUCUUUUAUUGUUUAAAACAAAUAUUUGUUAAAUACAUGCUAUUCUAGUUGUUGGAAGAUGGCUUUGAAAACGAAAAGAAUAAAAAAUAUAUGGGAUCCUAUUGAAACUCAGUUAAAAAAAUUGCAAGAAUUGUUUGAAGUUUCAGAGAAAGAAACUCCUGAAAUAAAAUCUUUGAAGUCCGUUAUACUUGAACAUUUUUAUGACUUUGAUCGAAAACUAUCACGUUUUCUGAGUGAUGAAUCAGCUGAUUAUAAAGAUAUGAAAUGUAAAAUUAUUAGUUUAAUAGAAGAAUUUGGUUCUUUAGAUGUUAUUGUAAAUGUUGAUGAUGAACAGAACGUAAUAUCGAAUGUUCUUGAUCAUUUUCAAGCUGCUUUGAAAAAUUUAGAGAGCCUGGAAUGUGUGGAGUUGAAACAACAACUUCAAGACACAUGGGAGUAUGUGAAAGAAAUGGGAGAAGUCAAAGGCAUAGAAGAUUAUGAAAAUAUUAAAGAAUUAGGUGCUUCAUUAUUAGACGUGAUUAAACCACUUCAGUUGUAUGCAAGAAAUUUAGUAUCAAUUUUAUUAAAAGAAAAAAUUAUUUUAUUCACUUGUCAGCUAUCUACAGCUUUUACAAUACUUGUUAAUUUAGUUCAAGAACAACAUAAAUUAAAUCUUCCUAUCUAUAACACCAAAACUUAUAUUUGUAAUCGAAUAUGCCAAUGUUUAAAGAUGAUCAUUGAUGUUAUAGAAGCUCCCAAUCCUACAGAAGAUGAAGAAAUUCUUGAAAAAGAAGAGCAUUUUGUUUUUAAAAUGGAUUUAGCACUUGAUACAGUAUCACAUAUGUCAGAUCAGAAUCAACAAGAACAGGUGAAUAUGUGCAGUGAAUUAUGGAUGAUUCUCGAAGAAGUUCUCUCUCAUACUAUGACAAUAGCUCAGGUCUGUCGGCCAGAGCAUUUUAAAGAAAUUACUACAGCUAGUAAAUCAGUCAUUUCUGAAUACGAAAAUUUGAAAACUCAAUUAAUUUCAGAGGAACCUGAUAAAACCUUAAAUAAUUUAUUUAUCAACAUUUUUACGGAUUCGUUAUAUAGACUUGAGAGACAAGUUAAUAUAUCGAUGCUUACUCUGGUUAUGGAAGUAUUUAGUGAACCCUUUAAUGCUUUAAAAAAGCUUGUUCAGCUCUGUGGAAAUUCAUUGCCUCCUGAUGCGAGAAGAAAAAGUGACUUGGCCGAUGCAAUUGAAGAUUUCGAUCAAAUUGUUGAUAAAACUAUGCAGAUUGGGCUUUAUGCUAUUGCUUGUUGCAAUGAUGUUAAUAAAAUUGGAAAAAUCAGAAACCAUAUGGCUAGUUUAGAAUCUUUAGAUUUGGAGUUGGUUAUAUCGAUAACAUCAUUUUAUUUAGACCCUCUCAAUGAAGAGUUUCGAACAGGAGUAAAAAUUCUAACAUCUCAAUGGCAAAAUGAAAUGAAUAAACUCCAUAAAGCUAUAGAUUCAAUAAUUGAUUCAGCUGCUUAUUGCCAAGUAAUUCUGGAUGAUUUGCAAGAGCAGCAUAAUGCAAUAUCAAACUGUUUCGAAAAUCGUCAAGAUAUUACAAUGUCUCAAGUAAAAUUGAUGGUUUAUCGAGCCUGUACUCUAGCAACACAAAUUACUGUAGCAGUUGAUGACAUUGGUCAUGAAAAUGUUGAUGAAUCAACUAAUAAGAUUAUAAGAGAAUUGAAAGUAGCAACGUAUGAGGCUUAUUCUUGUGCAGCAAAAUUUUUAUUAGGAUCAAAAGCACCAGCUCCACAACAACUACGAGUUAUAAAACGAUUAGCACUAUUGGUAAAUGUUGUGAAAAAGCUUCAACCCAUUCUUGCUGUUGUUAUAAACAAAUCUCAAUGUUUUAAUGAUUCACAAAAAUCACGCUUUGGACAAAGAGAUGUCUUAAAUGCUACACAAAAUAAAACGAACCUGACAUUCAUCAGAACCCCUUAUACUGUAAAAAAUUAUAAACCUCCUGUUUCUAUUCAAUCACCUAAUAGUACUCCAAAAACACCUUUGAGCAUGUCUUGCCUAAUACCCUAUAUUCGUCGAGGUCAAGAAAUGAGAUCUGAAAAAUCUAUUAUGUAUAAAACACCAAAAACACAAAAAUCGAAAAAUCUGCAAAUGUCAAUGGAUAACAUGAGAAUAAAAAGAAGAAAUCUUUCAUGUGUAAGACAACACUUAUUCAGCAAAGAUAGUUUUGUUUUACAUAAAGAUGUAGAUUUGACAGUUGUGAGCCUAGAUUUGUCUGGUACAUUGGAGAAAAUAUCACUAUUGUCUUCGAAUUCAUCGGCUGUUACUUCGAAUGACUCUCCAAUUAGUUCAGUAAUAGAUAAAGAAAUGGAUAAAUGUGGAAAUAAAGCUGCUAAUGAUGCUAAUUCUUCUACUAUUAAAAAUAGUGAUACACCCUCAGCUAUGAUCGAUACUCCAGAAAGAUUGGAUGAUAUUGAAAGACUUGAAAAAAAAAUACAAAAAUUGCAAAAUAAUAACAGUUAA